GUUUUCUUUUAUCUCGACGGGAAGGAACCACGGGAACACCAGAACGUCCACUCUCCGAUAUGGGUAAUUUGGCUUACAAAAGUUAUUGGCGUAGCGUUGUACUUGAAUAUUUCAAAAGGCCAAGCUCCGCUUCUGUUGCCGUUCUGACGCCAGCAGAUAUUGCGAAAACCACGGGCGUUUCAAUAGAAGAUAUUAUACAGACGAUGAAAGAUCUAAAAAUGCUUCAUUUUGAUCAAAAGGGAGAAAUAAAGUCCUUUGUUAUCAAUAAGGAUCUCGUGCAGUCACAUUGGGCAAAAGCGGAAAACGAUACAAAACGUAUUUGGAUCGACGAAGAUAAUUUGAAAUGGGAACCGAAGCAUUUUCCUUUGGUCGAAUGUACCAGUGAUGACAGUGGCGGAACUUGA